AUGCAGCAGCAGCAGCAGCAGCAGCCAGCAGUGCGUGGUGGCGCCAAGACCAGAGCGGCGGCGGCCGGCGGCGAGAAGACGGCCACCACCGAUGACGCCGCCGCCAACGUGAAGCGUUCCCUCGCGGACAAGCCGCCGUUCACGAUGGCCGACAUCAAGCGAGCCAUCCCGCCGCACUGCUUCCGCCGCUCCGUGGCCAGGUCCACCUCCUACCUCCUGCGCGACCUCUCCGCGGUCGCCGCGCUCUUCUACGUGGCGCUGGUGGCGAUCCCGUCGCUCCCCGCCGCCGGCGCGCUCCGCCUCGCCGCGUGGCCGCUCUACUGGGCGGCGCAGGGCUGCGCGCUCAACAGCGUGUGGGUGAUCGCGCACGAGUGCGGCCACCACGCCUUCUCCGAGCACGCGGCGCUGGACGACGCCGUCGGCUUCGCGCUCCACACGGCGCUCCUCGUCCCCUACUUCUCCUGGAAGCACAGCCACCGCCGGCACCACGCCAACUCGGCGUCGCUGGACCGCGACGAGGUCUACGUGCCGUGGAAAGCGUCGGAGCUCCCGGCGUUCCUGCGGGUCCUCCACGGCAACGCCGCCGUCCGGCUGGUCCUCUUCGUGCUCGUGCUCGUCUUCGGCUUCCCGCUCUACCUGACCUGCAACAUCACCGGCAGGCCGUACCCGCGCCUCGCCAACCACUACGACCCGUACUCGCCCAUCUUCUCCGGGAGCCGGGAGCGCGCGCAGGUCGUCGUCUCCGACGCCGGCAUCGCCGCCUUCUCGCUCGCCCUGUACCGCCUCACCUCCGCCGCGCCCGGCGGGUUCACGACGCUGGCGCUCGUGUACGGCGUGCCGCUGCUCGUGGUGAACGUGUGGCUGGUGCUCAUCACGUUCCUGCACCACACCGACCCGGUCGUGCCCCGCUACGACUCCGGCGAGUGGGACUGGCUCCGCGGCGCGCUCGCCACCGUGGACCGCGACUACGGCGGUUUCCUCAACGCCGCCUUCCACAACAUCGCCGACACGCACGUCGUGCACCACCUCUUCCCGUCCAUGCCGCACUACCACGCCGUCGAGGCCACCAGGGCCAUCCGCCCCGUCCUCGGCGAGUACUACCGCUUCGACGACACGCCCAUCGUGCAAGCGGCAUGGCGCGCCGCCAAGGAGUGCUUGUACGUCGAGCCCGACGGCCGCCGCGAGGGCGUCUUCUGGUUCGGCACCAACAAGAACAAGCAGUCCUAG